AUGUAUCAAUAAUAAUAAUAAUAAUUUCCUGGUAUAUAAUAACCUAUAUAUGUUCCUGCCUAAAUGCCUUAAUAACCAGUAUUUUAUACAUAAUAACCUGGUACAUUUCAAGCUUAAUAAUAAUAUCCUCAAUAAUAAUAAUUCGUUCAAUAAGGUUAAUCACCUUAACAUUAUUAACAAUAAUAAUUCUAAUAACCAGAAAUAUAAAAUUAAUAGCAAUAUCCUGGAGUUUAUUUUGCUUAAUAACAACCGAUUAUGUAAUAAUAUCCAAUUCCUCUGCCCCCUUAAAUAUAAUAAUCGUAAUAUUAAUAAUCUAAUUAAUAAUAACCUCCUUAAUACCCUACUUAAUAUAUUCCUUAAUAAAUUCGAUAACAAGAUGCAGGUUUAAAGUAAGGAUUAAAAGUAUUCCCAGAAAUAUAGAAUAUUAAUGAUAAUUAUUUACCUAAUAAUGGAAAUUAAUAAAAGUUCCCUGUUAUUAUUUUAUGUCCAAGUUGUAAUUAAAAAGUAACUACCUUUGUAAAAACUUCAAUUGGAGUAUAAACUUGUCUUGUAGGUUGUUGCUGCUUUUUAAUUCCUUGUUGUAUGGAUGAGUUUAAAGAUAGAACUCAUUAUUGUCCAAAUUGUAAAGCUAAAGUUGGAAAAAAAUAAUAUAAAAUUUGUUGUUGA